AUGCCGCAAUUACCUCGAUACGAGUAUACUGGUCCGGUGGACUGCACAAUUCCAACAAACCGAGAGGUCCUGAAAGGGAAGAGUGUUGUAGUUACUGGCGGAAAAAAUCGCAUGGGUGAGCCGACGGCCCGAGCUUUUGCCGCCGAAGGGGCAUUCGUUGCAAUUUCAGACCUUGACAUUACCAAGGGUAAUGGCGUUGCAGAGGAGCUUAAGCUUUACAGAAACGCCCAGUUCGUCAAAUGCGACACCACUUCCUGGGAAGAUCAAGUCUCUAUGUUUGAAGCUGCGAUUGCGCACUCCCCGCAUAAGAGCUGUGAUAUCGUCAUUGCAAAUGCGGGCAUUAGUCGUGCUUCUGGUGAUGAUUUAUGGCCGUUGGACGAUCCUGAUUCUGCGCCGGUAAAACCGAAGCUGAAUAUCGUCAAUGUCAAUUUGAUUGGUACAAUGUAUACAUGGAAGUUGGCCGUGCACUACUUCCGGAAACAGCCUGAUACGGAGGAUUGGGAUCGUUGUUUCAUCAUGACUGGAAGCAUGACCGCGUGGAUUGAUUCGCCAGCGAACUGGCAGUACACGAGCACUAAAUAUGCGCUGCAAGGGUUGAUGAGAACUGCACGACGCAAUUCGCAUGAACAAGGGAUUCGAAUCAAUUACGUUGCCCCUUGCUACGUUAAAAGCGCCAUCCGCUCAGCUGAGGACGAAGCACAAGCUGAUAUCUAA